CAGCAGCAUUUCCGGUGCGGCCCGCUGUGUCGGCCGUGUUGUUCCGUGGAAAGUUGUGUCGGAUUUUCGUGUUAAAUCUUUUAGGGACCGUUGGAUCCCGCUCACACCGUCUGGGCCGCUCAGCUCUCAGGUGGUUUUUAAAGAUGUCGGCUGGACUCCUGGAGCCUCCUGGAGGAGAAGAACAGCUCUGUGUGUUCCUGCUGAGAGCAGGAGAGGAGGAGGUGAGGAGGAGGGAGGUGGGCUGCCAGUGGGAGAGUCCAGAGGAGCAGAGGAGGGAGGUGGGCUGUCAGAGUGACUCAGCAGAGAGGAGAGACGCUGCUGUCCAGGUGGACCUGCUGACUCAUCAGCUCAGCUGGAGACACUCAGGUUCCUCCUCCAUGCUGCUGCAGUGUUUUGCAGUCAGGCCCGACGGAUCAGACGGGGGCGCUCUGCUGCAGCACUGCACCACCAACCGAACCAGAACCAGAACCAUCAAACCCGCCGUCAAACUCUCCCCUAAACUCACCCAGUCCAGGUCCAGGACCCAGAGGAAACCACCUCCUCUGAGCUCCAACACCACCAAACGAAAUCCACCUCAACGCCGUCACCAUCGUGUGUCACCUGAUACUGACCGACAGGAGGAAGAAGGAGAAGAGGUGGAGGAGGAGGAGGAGGAGGAGGAUACGGGAGAUCCCAACUGGACUCCACCUGAAGAUGUCGCGUCUGUGUCUGAACUCGGGGACGUCCGGCUGGACUCGGAGUCCCAGCAUGCACCUGUUCAUGUGGUGAAACUGGAGCCCGACAGCACCGUGUGUGACGUUUGUGGCAAAGUGAUGAAGAAUAAGUCGAGUCUGGCGCGACACUCCUUCAUCCACACGGGGAAGAAGCCGUUCGCCUGCCACCUGUGCGACUUGCGCUUCAACCGCCGCGACAACUUGCAGCACCACCUGAACCGGCUGCACCCCAACGGCGUCGCCAAGCUGGAGAAGCAGCGCGAGGUGCAGGCCUGGCUGUGUGCCGCCUGCGGGAAAACUUUCAGCUGCAGGUCCAGGCUGAAGACGCACGAGGUCAUCCACUCGGGCGUUAAACCUCACCGCUGCGACCUCUGCCCCAAAGCCUACAUGAGGACUAACGACCUUGAGCAUCAUAAGAAGACCGUCCACGUCGAGGGCUCCGCGGAGCCUCAGCGGCCGAGCUCGCUGCUCUGCGACUUCUGCGGUAAAGAGUUUAAAUGCAGGUCGCAGCUGGCCAUCCACUUCCAGACUCACACCGGCGAACGGCCGCAUCUCUGCGACAUCUGCGGCCGCAAGUUUGGCCGACAGUACCAGCUGAAACGCCACAAGAUCCUGGUCCACGCCAACCAGGUGAACGGCGAGGAGAACCUGCCGCUCGACACGCCGUUUGCCUGCGGCGUCUGUGGGAAGCGGCUGAAGUCUGAAUCGCUUCUCGCGGCUCACUCCCGCAUCCACACAGGCGACAAGCCUCACCGCUGCGGCAUCUGCCUGCGCAGCUUCCAGCGAGCCACCUGCCUGAAGCAGCACCACCUACGUGUCCAUCUGAAGGUCAAAGUGAACGAUGUGCCGCACAGCGCCGGGCGAAGGAAGAGCACAGCGCCGGCGAAGGUGUUCCCGUGUCCUAACUGCAGCAAAGUUUUCAAGUUCAAGUCUCUGCUGGCGAGUCACUCGAUGACCCACAGCGAGGUCCGACCGUACACGUGUGACUUCUGCAGCCGCAGCUUUAGACGCCUCAGCCACCUGAAGAGACACCGCGAGGUCGUCCACGCCAACGGAGCGCGCCCGGCGCAGAGCUUCGUCUGCCACAUCUGUGGCAAAGACAAGAAGUGUCGAUCGCAGCUCACCAGACACGUCAUCAUCCACACCGGCGAGCGGCCGUUCGCCUGCGACCUCUGCACCGCCAGCUUUAACCGCCGUGGGAACCUGCAGCAGCACAGGAAGCGCAUGCACGGCGUGGGGAAGCCACCGGCUGAGGAAGCCCCGCCCAUUCUGUUCGAUGAUGACAUGACUCCCGCUCUGACAUACAAACAGGAAGAGACGGUGGUGGCUGUCGAUGCUACAGCUGAGCAGUUUGAGGCUGCGACGAACGACGAGUCGGACGUUGUUCAGCAGCUCGAGGCUUCCUGACGCACUCAGAGCGUCACGCCUGCGUCCUACGCCUGUCUGAGGCGUCGUCGCCCUGCUGACAGAUCCCACUGUGCUCUGUGGAUCUUUGAACAAGUGAAAUGGGUCCUGGUGAGUUUGUUGUGACAGUUUGUUAAACCUGUGAAUGAUCUGACAGACGAUCAGUGAUCGAUCGAUUGAUUGAUCCAGAAUGUUCAGUGUAAAGGAGAAUUAAACAUUGACAUGAUU